ACGCGGUCCGCCGUCUGUUGUGUUCGGCCGCACGUCGUUACAACGCGUCGUCGUCGUUGCCGUCGCCACCGCCGCCGCCGCCGCCGCUUGUUUGUCCGUUGUCGCGUUAUUAUUCCUCUGCAGUGCGUUACCUCCUCGCCGGAAACACGAAACAAUAAUUCGCGUCCUUCGCCGUGUAUAAUAUUAAUUCGUUAUUUGUCAAACGAAAAUUAUUGUGUGGUGUUCGAGGAAAAUACAAUUUUUGGAUUCGUCGUCAAAUCGAUCAUUGGAUUUAAAAAAAAAAAUUGUUCGUGUUUCACUUGCGCGUGCGUUUUUUUCCGUCGACUUGUCGCUUGUUGCACGUAUCCUAUACCCACCUACCCAUACUAAUGCGAAUCGUUCGACGCCGACCACCCGCACCAGUGCUGCAGGACGGUUAAAUAUAUAUUGCAAAAAAAAAGUUGUAAAUCCGUUUCCGAAUUUUUGUCCGAGUGAUAUUCCACUCGAAUUCCGCGUGCGUGUUCCGAUUUCGACUGUUUGAUGGUUAUACACGGAGCCGCCACGGGAAUCGCUCCAGCCGACAUUCAUCGGACCACUGAAUCGUUGUACAAUACCGGUAAUGGCAGAGUGAUCGGCGCCCCGCUACGCAUGCGCCGUCCAGAAGACCAAUCGCCGAGCGCCGCUAGUGCCGGACUCAUGAUGGAGUGGGCUUCAGUAGCGUCGUGGUUUCUGCGGCCUGAGAUGGCUGGAGCCAGCGUGCCGCCGAUCGUGCCGCAACCACCUCCGAUGCCCAUCCGACCUUCCCGGACGUCUUCGGAUCCCCCGCAAAUGGCCAUGCCUCCAACCAUAUGCACUGCCAUCAGAUGUACAGUACCGGGAUGCGUGUGCGAUUGUUUUACGCCCGGCAAACUUCACAUACGAUUCUGCGAUGCAUGUGGUCACGGAUGGGUCCCACACGCUCUCGACAAGUUGGGAUUUGGUGGAGCUUCCUUGGGAAACGGGGCCGUGGAGCCCAUCCAACCAAACGUGGCUUUCGACAUCGCCAGUCUGGUGUUAUAUGGCUGUCAGGCCCUGCCGAUAAGACUCAAGAUCUUGUUAGACCGAUUGUUCAGCGUUCUCCGUCAAGACGAAGUGUCGGCCGUACUCAGAGGGUUCGGUUGGACGCACGAAGACUACGCCAGGGGUUAUAUACUUCAGGAACCUCUCGGUGGUGGAAUUUUGGAACGUUGGAACAUAUGUAGCCCGGAGGAAGAGCCGCUUGUGCUGCAGCAGUUUUUGAGAUUCGGCGAAACCCGAGCAGUUACACAGCAAUUGUUGUUGCAUGGCCUGGGUGCUGAUUUUCGGGCUCUUCCAGCCUUGGAGACUGACAUGAAACGGUUAAUGGAACGCCAGAAACAGCAAUUAAACAACGACCACAAGUCCGGAUUUGACAUUAAUAAGUUCCGGUCACGGACACCUCCCCCGCAAUCUAUACCAAUGCUGCCGCUGCCACUACCGCAGCUUCCACCGCGGCUUCAACUAGGAAGUUCACCACCAUCACCGCCAAAACCAGUGUUCGGGUUCGCCAAGCCACCUGGAGGACUCCCAAUGCUACAGCCCCCACCAGUUGCUAAUAAUGCGUGUAAUGGAGCUGGUUCGCCACCAGCUGGUAGCCCUACCAGCAGUGUGUCACCACUCAACAAGCUUCAGAACAUGCAACCAUUUGACUUCCGGAAGAUGCAGUCAGCUGCAUCUGGAUUUGGUGGUGGAAAGCCUUUGCAGGUCCCUUCGGGCCGACGGUCAAACAACUCAUCAGCUGACUUAUUACCGCCGCCCCCACGUCCAAGCCAGCAGCAACAACAACAGCAGCAGCAGCAGCAGCAGCAGCAGCAGCAUCAGCAGCAACAACAGCAGCAACAACAAAAUGACUUCAACAACAAGUAUGGUCCACCAGACAGUUUGGCUGGCAGUAGUGAUUUCGGCUCCGAAGACGGAGACGAAGAGGAAGAAAACUCACAGAGCGCAUUGAACCUCAGCAAAGACACCGCUCUGAAAGCAUUACGUCCUCACCGAGGCCACGUUCGCAAGACUCCGCAACCAUUAAAGAGACAGUGGGGUUCAGCUGGACUACCGUUAAAUUUAGGCACUCAACUCAUCAACCCGGCUACAGGCAAAAAACGAGUGCAAUGUAACGUUUGUCUGAAGACGUUUUGCGACAAAGGAGCACUGAAAAUUCACUUUUCCGCCGUCCAUUUGCGCGAGAUGCACAAGUGUACUGUAGAAGGGUGCAACAUGAUGUUCAGCUCAAGACGUUCUAGAAACCGGCAUAGCGCCAAUCCCAAUCCAAAGCUCCACUCUCCACAUUUACGUAGGAAAAUCUCACCACACGACGGACGCAGCUCACAAGCUCACCACCCGAUGGUCAUAACUCCGUUACAGGCAUCUGCGAUGAACCAACUGGCGUUCGGAGCGUUUCCACUACUGGCCGGCGGUGCAGACUUAAGAGCCACCGGAUCCAAACAUAGUUCCGCAUCAGGCCUACACCUGGCUGAAGAACUUAGACGCUCGGCUGAAUUUUCAUCAGACAACAUGGAUGAAUACAUGGACGACGAAGAAGAAGGCAUCGUCGUGGACGGUAAUGCCGUAGACGACGACGAAGACGACUCGGAGCACCGGAGCGACAGGAGCUGCAAACGGAUGUCUGAAGAAUCCGAGGAUGAGGGUGGCAGCACCGCUGCUGAACCGCAAAACAACCACCAUCAUCACAACAACAACAACAUAAACAACGACAAUAACAACGAUCGGCCACCAAUAGUGGCCAUCAAGAACGUGCACAAACGGAAGAGCAUGAACCCGACGAGGUUCGCCGCCGCGGCUGACCUCAGCGACGAAGGCAUGUCUUGCACAGACGAUUACGGGUCGGUCGCGUCUCCAAAAGACAACAACAACGACGUGAAGCCUGUUGUCUGCAAGCUGGAAUCCAAUCUGACCGACGAAGACGAUGGUUGCUUGAAUCUGAGCAGAAAAAGGUCAUCACCCAGUCCCGUGACGGCGGAAGGUGGUGGCGAGGGUGAUGGGAAUGGCAGGCGGUCGGCGUCGGGAGGAGUUGGUGGUGGGUCAAGAGAUUCACUGCUGUCCGAAGAAGACGAUGGUCUGUUGGAAGACGACGAGGACUUGGAUGACGACGCCGACGAUGAUUUGGAUUUGGACGACGACGACGAAGACGCUGAUGACUUGGACGAGUGCGACUCUGACAGUGACGGUAUCCACCGGGUCUACGGCGUGUUUGAGAACGGCCGGUUCGUGGCCACGGACGACGUGCCCGUUGACAAAGACAACCCACGUGCGUGCACGGCUUGUGGUAAGACGUUCCCUAACCACUUUGGUGUCAAGUCCCAUUACCAACGCGUGCACCUGAAACUCAUGCACAAGUGCGUGGUGGACGGCUGCAAUGCGGCGUUACCGUCCAAGCGGAGCCGGGACCGACACAGUUCCAACCUGAACCUACACCGUAAACUGUUGUCCACGUCAUCGCCAUCUUCGUCGACGGAACCACAUCGGCAACAGUCACGUCACCGUCAGCCGGCACCGCAGCCGGCCCAGAAGCAACCGCAUCAGCCCCAGGUCCCGCUGCCGCCGCCACCACCUGCACCGUCGCAGCAACACCCGCAGGCCCUUCCGGCACCCGCGGUCACCAGCAGUGCCGCCUCCACCGCGGCCAACAUCAUGGCGGCCGCCGCGGACAACCCGUACGGCAUGCACGCGGAGUUCCUGGCCCGGUUGUACGCCGACUCGCAGCAACAGUUCCAGGCGUUCGCCGGUAGCAACGGACUGAUGCAGGUGCCACCGCAGUUCGCCGGGGGCGCGCCCGUCGGUUCACCGUUCAGGCACUUGCCCGCCGCCGCCGCGGCGAUGGCCAUGGCUGCCGCGGCCAACGGCUGCAGCACGUCGCCGCCGUCCGCCGCCCGGCUGGUGUACUCGGCCGACGAGGACCUGCCGCCGGCGCCCGACAAGGAGAACGGCAGCAUGUACGCGUGUCGGUUCUGCAGCAAAUCGUUCCCCGACAAGAACGGCAUGCGCGAGCACUACGAACAGCUGCACAUGCACGAAAUGCACCGGUGCAAGGUGCCCGGGUGCGGUAUGGUGUUCAGCUCGCGGACCCGGCGAAACGCUCACGCGGAGAACAGCCACCAACAGCAGCAGCCGUCCCUGUCCGCCGGGGCGCAGGCCGCGACGUCGUGACCUCGACCCGCGCCGCACCAGCGUUUUCCCGUGCCGCCGCCCUGGUGGUGGUAGACGCCACACGAACGCGGUAAACUAUAUAAUAUUAUAAUGUCGUACCGGUGUGGUACGAUGUGUUUUCAUUACGAUACUCUUAUUGGCCCCCACCUGUCGUGUCGCUCGUCUCCCCCCCCUCACCCCACCCAAUACUUUAUAUAUGUAUAAUAUAAUAUAUCAUACUCGAUCGCCUGUCGUAAAAUUUUUAAGAAUUUUUUUAUUCGUCGGUCCUAGGCUAUACGUUCCCACGUAGCCCCGCUCACACGUUUUAUUUAAAUCUUUUUACUUUCGUUUUGGUGCUCAAGUCAAACGAUUAACCUCAUCAUCGUCUGUGUGUACAAUAAUAAUUGUGUGUAUUUGGUAAAUUAUUGUCCUUACCCACUCAUAUAUUAUGCGAUCUGACUAAUAAUUGAUGUAAUGUGUAUACCCGCCACCCUGAACCCCUACAGUCUUAAGAAGCGAAUUUUUAUUAUAUAAACUUUAUUAUAUUAUUACAUAUACGUAUACGAUGUAUGAAAAUAUGUGAUUCAUUUUUGUUAAUGUAUAUUUAUUAUAAUAUUUACUAUUAUUAUUAUUAUUAUUACGAUUUAUAUUAUUACAAACGAUUAAUGUAUCGUCGUGGCUGUUCUACUUAAGAACGUUAUUAUUUUUUUUUUUAUCGUAGAAUACAAUUCAUUAUUAUAUAUAAUAUUAUUUAGAAAA